GCUAAUUUCAUACAAAAAUAAACACAAAUCAGCUGAUUAUUUGACAAAAAAUAAAAGAUAAACUAAAUUUUAAAUUCUCUUUUCGAAUAUUAAUAUAAAAAGAACAACGUUAUGAAUUUCGACGACUAUGUUUAUUUAUUUUUUCUAGUAUUUUCAAUAGGUUUCGGAUUAUUUUACAGACAGCUUCCAGAUGCACAAAGCAAAAGAAAAAUAGGUGCUCUUGUCGGUUUUUCCAUAGUUUUAAUAGUAUCCAGGCUUCAUAUUUUACAUAUUCUCCUAACUAUAUUCGUAAAUUCUCUUAUUAUUUUGUAUUUUAGUAAAAGGUACUGCCAUAUUAUAAGCUUUGUUUUCUCGUUCAUUUACUUGAUUUUUUUCCGAACCACUAUAUAUUUCGGGAUACCGUACCCUCCAAGCCAUACCAAUCUAGUCCAAAUGAUAUUAACUUUAAAACUAGUAGGCCUAGCUUUUGAAGUCAAUUCUAGUCAUAUAAAUACGAAAAAAAAGGAUGAAGCGAAGAAAACAAACGAAGAAAUCGCGCAGAAUGAGUUGCAUAAUAUAGAUUUAACGUUUUUGGAUAUUUUUUGUUAUUCUAUCAAUUAUAUUGGCGUUCUAACAGGUCCAUAUUACAAGUAUCAAACUUACUAUGAUCAUUUAUACAAACCUUUUAACAAAUACGACGAUUACAAGAGUACAAUAAAGAAACGACUGCUUCCAUUUGUGCCAAUUUUUGCUGCUAUUUAUUUGUUAACCGACUAUCUAUGGCCACUUUCAUAUACAGCAACAAUAGAAUUUGAACAACGUUCCUUCCUCUACAGAUACUGGUAUAUUUGGCCUACGUUUUUAAAUUUCAGAAUGCGAAUUUACAUUGGCCUAAUUUUGUCUGAAUGUGUUUGUGUUUUGGGAGGCAUGGGAGUUUAUCCAAGAUUUUGUAAAAAUCAGCCAGGAAACGGACCUACAGAACAUUUUGUUAAGCUCCAUGAAAUUUGUGAUAAUGAAGAUAUUUUGAGUAGUAUUGAGUACAAUUAUAAGACUGUGCUCAAUAUAAACCCUUAUGGGACUGAGUUCUACCCAACUUUGAGAGAAGGAAUGAGGAAUUGGAACAUUACAGUUCAGUAUUGGUUAGCUAUGUGCAUCUAUAAAAGAUUUCCAUAUAAAAAAUUCAGGACUUUUGCCACAAUGUUUGUAUCUGGUGUUUGGCAUGGAGUCUACUCAGGCUAUUACAUCUCAGUUGGUAUGAUACCAUUUGGGUUGAUAGUUGAAGACUUGUGGGUUCAAAUUCUGUUAAAAGACGAAUUUUAUAUGCCUAAAAAUUUGGGAUAUGUGAUUAUGCUCUUCCUAAAAAUGCAGUUCUUCUCUUAUGCAGCUCUGGCUUUUAGUUUAUUGCAUGUGGACAAAAUUAUACAUUAUUACAACUCUGUUUAUCAUUGGAUAAUACUAUUUUAUAUUGUUUUGUAUAUUGUUGGUAAGAAACUGCUAAAAAAUAAACGAAAUAAAUUAGUAGAAAAUAAGGUGGAAACAACCAACGAAAAAAUAGAGUACAUAAAAAAAUAAUUAAGAAGAAAAAAUAUUUAAAUUUAAAUAUUUUAGAUUCAACGAUUAUUUCAUUACUUUUAAGAUUCUUUUUACACAAAUUAUUUUUUGUUUUG